GGACGAAUAAGGGCAGAGAUGCGUCCCGCUUCCACUCGCUGGGAGCUGGCGCGGGCCACUGCGCGGCGGUGCGGCAGCCCGGUCGGGACUCCACCGCGCCUCCCAGGGGCUCCGGCACCAGCCCAAGAUCUGUGGCCGUUUGUCCCCAUGGUUUCAAGGCACAAUGAGGCACACCAGCUCUUGGAAACUGUGGACUUGGGCAGCAAUGUUCCUGCUUCCUGCUUUCACUUGUGUGACAGUCAGGGACAAGCCAGAAACAACCUGCCCCAUGCUGAGGAUGGAGGGAUAUCAAGAAGACGGAAACAAACUCGGAGUUUCAGGCUUUGAUCUGGCAGAGAGCUUUGCUCUGAGGCAUGCGUUUUGCGAAGGUGAUAAAACCUGUUUCAAAUUGGGAGGAGCACUUCUUAACAGAGACACUGUUAAGAUAUUUCCCAAAGGCCUUCCUGAGGAGUACUCUGUAGCAGUCGUGUUUCGGGUUCGAAGAAGCACCAAAAAGGAACGGUGGUUUCUAUGGCAGAUUUUAAACCAGGAGAAUAUGCCACAGAUUUCUGUAGUGAUCGAUGGCACAAAGAAGGUGAUAGAAUUUAUGUUCCGAGGUGCUGAGGGAGAUCUGUUGAACUACGUUUUUAAGAAUCGAGAACUCCGCCCUCUCUUUGAUCGUCAAUGGCAUAAACUUGGCAUUGCUGUGCAGUACCAAGUCCUAUCUCUUUAUAUGGAUUGCAACUUAAUUGCCAGUCGGCACACAGAAGAAAAGGACUCUGUGGAUUUUCACGGAAGAACGGUGAUUGCGGCACGAGCUUCUGAUGGCAAGCCUGUGGAUAUUGAACUCCACCAACUUGUAAUCUACUGCAACGCUAACUUCUUAGCUGAAGAAUCGUGUUGUGACGUAUCAGCUACUAAGUGUCCAGAGCAAGAGGACUUCGGAAGUACCACGUCUUCAUGGGUGACUUCUCGUGCUGGUGAGAUAUCUUCACAUCUGCUGGGAAAGCAGGAGCCUAAAGAUGCAUGCCAGUGCAUCCCAAACCAGGAUGAAAACGGCAGCUUACAUGGUACUUCCGGUUUACCUGGUCAAAAGGGAGAACAAGGACAUGAAGGCAUCAAAGGAGAAAUUGGUGAAAAGGGUGAACCUGGAGCCAAAGGAGACACUGGCCUGGCUGGCCUUAAUGGACAAGAUGGUUUGAAAGGUGACCUGGGUCCUCGAGGUCCACCUGGCCCAAAAGGAGAAAAGGGUGAUAUGGGACCUCCAGGGCCACCAGCCUUAACUGGUUCCAUAGGGAUACAAGGCCCCCAAGGUCCACCUGGAAAAGAAGGUCAAAGGGGAAGGCGAGGGAAAACGGGACCCCCAGGAAACCCAGGGCCUCCGGGACCGCCGGGACCUCCUGGGUUACAAGGACCACAACAGACUUUUGGUGAAUAUUUCAACAAGGGAACUGGUGAGCAUGGAGCUAGUGGCCCCAAAGGAGAAAAGGGUGACACUGGUCUUCCAGGAUUUCCAGGGUCUGUUGGCCCUAAAGGACACAAAGGAGAACCUGGGGAGCCUUUAACGAAAGGUGAAAAGGGUGAUAGAGGAGAGCCGGGCCUAUUAGGACCACAGGGAAUAAAGGGGGAACCUGGAGAUCCUGGUGCCCCUGGUCUAGUAGGAAGCCCAGGGCUGAAGGGCGAGCAAGGACCUGCCGGUUCCAUGGGGCCCAGAGGACCACCAGGAGAUGUUGGAUUGCCAGGAGAACAUGGUAUACCAGGAAAACAAGGCAUUAAAGGAGAAAAGGGAGAUCCAGGUGGAAGGCUAGGUCCUCCUGGACUUCCAGGUCCAAAGGGCGAUACUGGGCCUCCAGGGAAAAGUCUGCAAGGAAAACCAGGUUUAGAUGGAAAUCCAGGGGCACCUGGCCCACGUGGGCCAAAGGGAGAAAGAGGACUACCAGGCAUCCACGGAUCCCCGGGCGACACUGGCCCACCAGGGGUAGGAAUCCCUGGCAGGACAGGCUCCCAAGGACCAGCUGGAGAGCCAGGCGUUCAGGGUCCUCGUGGUCUGCCUGGAUUGCCAGGAACCCCAGGGACACCAGGGAAUGACGGUGCUCCAGGGAGAGAUGGAAAGCCAGGCCUUCCAGGGCCCCCAGGUGACCCGAUCGCACUUCCCCUCUUGGGAGACAUCGGUGCCUUGCUGAAGAACUUCUGUGGCAACUGUCAAGCCAAUGUCCCCGGGCUGAAGAGCAGCAACAAAGGGGAUGACGGAGGCACAGGGGAGCCUGGAAAAUACGGCUCUGCGGCCAGGAAGAGCGAUGUAGGGCCACGGGGUCCUCCAGGAGUCCCCGGCAGAGAGGGCCUGAAGGGAAGCAAAGGAGAGCGCGGCUACCCAGGAAUUCCUGGGGAGAAAGGUGAUGAGGGUCUUCAAGGAAUUCCUGGUCUCUCAGGAGCUCCUGGCCCAACUGGACCUCCUGGCUUAACAGGAAGAACUGGACAUCCCGGUCCCACUGGACCAAAAGGUGACAAGGGAAGCGAGGGGCCCCCUGGUAAACCUGGACCUCCUGGACCCCCUGGAGUCCCACUCAAUGAAGGAAAUGGCAUGAGCAGUUUAUAUAAAAUCCAGGGAGGAGUGAAUGUUCCCAGUUACCCAGGACCCCCAGGGCCCCCAGGCCCCAAAGGUGAUCUUGGCCCCGUGGGAGAGCCUGGUGCAAUGGGCUUGCCAGGACUAGAAGGAUUUCCUGGAAUAAAGGGAGAUCGAGGCCCAGCAGGCCCCCCAGGAAUAGCCGGCAUACCGGGAAAACCUGGUGCCCCAGGUCCUCCGGGAGCUCCAGGGGAGCCGGGUGAGAGAGGACCGGCUGGAGAUAUUGGUUUUUCUGGACCAGAGGGACCCCCGGGAAGGCCAGGGAUAAAUGGAAAAGAUGGAUUACCAGGUGCUCAGGGCAUCGUGGGUAAACCUGGAGACAGAGGCCCCAAAGGAGAACGCGGUGAUCAAGGAAUCCCAGGAGACAGAGGUCCACAGGGUGAACGUGGAAAACCAGGUCUUACCGGCAUGAAGGGGGCUAUAGGUCCUGCGGGGCCACCAGGAAGCAAGGGCUCCAUAGGCUCGCCUGGCCACCAAGGCCCUCCCGGCUCUCCAGGCAUCCCUGGCACCCCGGCUGAUGCUGUUUCAUUUGAAGAAAUAAAAAAGUACAUCAAUCAAGAGGUCCUACGGAUUUUUGAAGAGCGGAUGGCUGUAUUUCUAUCCCAGCUUAAGCUGCCAGCAGCAAUGCUGUCUGCUCAGGCUCAUGGGAGGCCUGGCCCGCCAGGGAAGGAUGGGUUACCUGGACCCCCAGGAGACCCAGGGCCCCAAGGCUACCGAGGACAGAAGGGGGAAAGAGGUGAACCUGGAAUUGGGCUGCCAGGGAAUCCAGGUCUCCCUGGAUCUUCAGCAGUGGGUUUGCCAGGCUCACCCGGUGCCCCGGGCCCCCAGGGACCUCCGGGACCCAGCGGAAGAUGUAAUCCAGAAGACUGUCUCUAUCCUGGGUCUCCUGCCCACCAGCAGGCAGCCGGGAAAUGAACACUGCAGAGGAAGACGUUUCUGGAGAGACCUCCAUGCCGUCGGAGCUGUCCAUACAGGACUCACAACCCCUUGCUCUCAAGGCUUACGGGUUUUGGACUGCUUUACUUCCUUUCUUUUUUUCUGACGUAGAGCAGACAUCCAAAGCAACCGUCUGAGUCUUCUUCCGACAGUGAUUGGAAAUCGUUGUUUUGAGAUGUUUCCCAGCCUCGCUCUGUAUGUUUUGCUUUACCCUGGCCCUGAGUUGUACUCGGUGGUAUCCUGUGGAAAAAACAGAAGAGAGCACAUCACUGGUUCUUCAGAAGAAAUCACACGAGAUGGAUUUGGUACACAGACGACAUACGCUUUGUAAACUCGUCAACAUGACUAGCCUUUGAUUUCCGAAUUUUCAUUUUUCGAAUUUACCUUGAUAUUUUCUUGGCGUUUAAAUGUAUUGCCGUUGCUUCGAAUUUUCUUUCUGCUCACUUGAGUUUGAAAUAGUGCAUUACUGACUGAUUUUUAUAAGAAGUCUUAUACCGUCCUACAUUCAUUCUAUUUAUACAGAAAAAUAUGCAAUAAGAGAUUGGCUUUUAACUUAUUUAAAAAAAAACUGUGAGGGCCUCUUUAUCAGGGAGCACCAAGAUUCUUCCUAGCCAACUACUGAAAUGAUUUCUGACUUCCUAGGAAUGAGCUCAGUUUGAAGCACUCCUCAUUGGCACGAGCAUACGCUACAUGAAGAAGGAAGAACCGAUUUGAGCCUAAGCUCCGUUGAGUGAGUCUCUGACGGUGAACAGAAAGUGGCUUUCCCGAAGACGUGCUUGGUGGCGAAGGCACCAGGCUCUCUUUGGUGUUUGGCAAGCUUUAGUAGCCUGGCAUUAUCUUUUCUGGCUUUGUGAUUCCCCAGGCCUGCCAUCAGAGCAAAGCACAAGAUCUGCAAUGACGGGAAAAGAAGAGUCCUCACCUUGGAAAGUGAAGGCAGGGUGUCAGCAAAAGCCUGUUGAGUACCUCAAGUCCUCGUGCUUCCAAGGAGAUUACUGUUUUCUCGGAAACUACAGAAAGGUCCAGCUCAGCAGAGGAAAGCCAGAGACUCUGGGGUUGGGGGUUAGCUCAGCGGCGGAGUGCUUGCCUAGCAAUCCUGCCGGUCCCAGGUUCACUCCUCAGCCCUGGGGGAGAGAAACAGAUGCUCUGAAAGGGAGCAAAACCUCAGCGGUCUUAGCUAAAUUACCGGAUGGUGGCUUUCCACUCUCUGCCUGUCCACUGCUUGGAGAAACAACUGAAUUCCAAGGAUACUGAGCACCAGGGCGUGGCUGAGACCUCGCUGGUGGGUCCCCUGGAAGCCGAGCACGUGCCACCAGAGCGCUGCAGUCACAGAAACUAGGAGUCCACACCUCAAGGGGCGGCACACAUCCCACAGGACAGGAGGAUGCUUUAUUGUCCGUUAAUUGAAGAAGACAAUGAGUUUAGAAAAGCUGCGAAGGGAGUUUUCCCGGGAAGCGCGCCUGACAAAAGGCGGAGUUGGUUUCUAGUGCACCCGUGAUUUGAACCGGUUUCCAUCACAAACAGACGAGCUGCUGGCCACGUACUGUCAACAUGGCUGCGCAUACAAAUAACUUCUUAGGUAUUUCGUAUUAAGUUCUGCUGUAUAUUUCGAUACAAGUUUAUUUAUUUUUUUCCAAGUCUACUUUAUUUAUUGUCAGUGUCUUGAACUUUAAAUUGCUUAUUCCUUUGUUUUCUUUUGUAUGCAAUACCUGCCAUGGUGCUGUGUUUUAAACUUACACAAUCAGAAUAUGCAAAUGCUUGCAUAUGUAUCUUCAUAGUCAAACAGUAAUCUAACCCCCCCAAAAUGUACAUAAGGUAAAAAGUUGGUGCUAUGUGUAUAUUUUGAGCUUUUAAUUUGUUGAAUUUUCUGAAAACUUACAAUUUACCUGACACAUAUUAAUUUACUUGAAUUUGCUGUAUAGCUAAGACUUUUAUAUGUUUUCAAAGAUUAUUUUUCAUAAUUAAUUGAACAGUUCUUUAUCCUUUUGGCUUAUUCAAAAAUAUUUAUUUUAUAAUUUUAGUAUUUUCAUGAACAUUUGGCUGGUGGCAAUCAGUUAUUUGGAGUUUUUUUCUUUUUUGGUUGAUCAACUCAUCUGUAUAAAAAGAUGCAGUUAAUUUUCUUGUUUUAUAAAUUAUAUUCACUUUAUAUUCACUUCAGUUCCACAGAACAGAAUCCUUUCUUACAAAUUGUAUAGUUAUUACUCUUUCUUUUUCUAGUUUCUGUGAAUGUAUGGCUGGCUUAUUCCUGUUUCAAGGACUUAUAUAUUUGUUCACAUGACUUGAGGAGUGUUGAGGAUAUGAUAAGUUACAUGAUGCAUACUGAAAAGUUGCCUGUCACUGUAAUUCAAGCUCAUUUUCACCUAAUCUGACGUAACUAGAAAGAUGAGACUGAUCACAUGGUACAAACCCUCAAUCCACUAUUAUUUAUCUUCAACUUCUUUUUCCUCUGCCUCAGCUCUGCUCAUAGUAAGGGGCUCCAAGGAAUUCUUGGUUUGGCUAACACAACAAAGAGAUUGGCAGGUGCUCAACCCUUUAAUAAAAGUAAACAAGGAUAAUUUGGUCCCCAAAGUAGGAUAAAAAAUGUCCCUCCAAAUAACCAUUUGUUUCAUUAAAGAAAAACCUGUUUACUUCAGCUGUUGUUUAUAGCAAGGGAGAAGAAUUAUUAAUUUUCUCUCAUUUGUACUUCAGAUACAUUUUAAAUACAAAAUAAUUACAGGCCACAAUGAGAAUAUUAAAACUGUUUUUUUUUUCUUCCAUAAAUGAGGAUGUUCAAACAUCCUCAAUUUUAUGCCAGUUCGGUUAGCGGUUCUAGGUAGAAAUCUUCCUAUGUAGAGAAGACCUGUACUCAGCUAAUUUUUUCUGGCUCUUAAAGUCUAACGAAAAAAAGAACGGCUUGUGCCCAUGUCCAUUGUUCUUUCCAGAUGGAGACAUUGACCGUUGCUUCUAACACAAAGGAAACACGGUCACUCUUGAGUUUUUCAACUUCGCACCUCGAUUUAAUGACUUUAACCUCCUUAUGUGCUUUUUGCUUGUAUUUCGAGAUAUAGUUGAAAAUCAAAAUGUUGCCUACUUAUAGAGCGUAAGGAAUUAUUUCAUGAUAUACUUCCUAUACAAAUUAUCAUUUGCUGUUCACCCUACAAAGUAAUUUCUAUGACUGUGUCUUAGGCACUCAAUUUGAUUUAGCUCUUCUGUUUCUGCAGCCUCUCCCACUCCUGAGAAGCUUAUUAUAUACCUCCUUUUGUCCACAAGAUGGUGUCUGAGGCAGUUUGUUCAGAAGUGAACAAAUUCGCAGGAGUCUAAAACCUAGAAGAGUCCGGUGGACAGCUAAGUCAGACAUUGGCCUUUGCACUUUUUUUUUGUUUUGUAAAUAAUCUUUGUAAAUUAUAUUUCAUUUAAUUAAUUUGUGUUUUUCCAAAAUUUCAGCCUCUCUGUGAGGCAGGCAUAAUAACUUUGUUCAUUGUUUCACAUUUAUUUAUUCAUUAUGCAUAUAACCAUGUUACAUGCAAAUUUGCUAUAAGUUUGUCUUGUGUUACUCUUGCAUGUUAGUGACUAGUGUGCAAACACCUGGACAUCCAUCCUCCCCUACAGACAGGACAUAUACUCGAAGACACUCUUUUGACAAAUGAAAAACAUUUACCUUAGCACAAAAAGUAGACGAUUUAUAUGUUACACGAUGCCUAAUUUUGCAGUUAACUUUGUGCAAUGUCUAUCUCUAGAAACAUGGCACUACUUACACAAAUAAGUAGGAACUCUGCUUUUCAAAAUUCCAUCCUUAUUCUUUUAAUGCCGUCUUCUUUCUAGUGCUGGUAAUAAAUACUUUCUGAGACUGGGAAUUAGGCCCAGUGAUGUGGAGGUUAUUUGAGUGAGAAAAGCCGAGCAGAUUUAACCUCUCCCCUUUCUCUUAAAUUAUUUUCCACACGUGUCUAUACACAUCUACUGUGUGAAGAUACACAGUGUUUUCUCUUCUGGCUUCAGAACAGAGACUGUACUCCCCCCUCACCCCCCAUUUUUUCUUCCUCUUCUCUUCUCUCAGAGGUUAACCAAAACCCUAUGUGGAGAUUGCCAGCAGAGGUUAAUUAAAAAGUAGCAUUUGUUGUAUUAAAUUUGUUCAGUGAGGGGAAUUGCGGGUAACAGGAAAAGAAGUUAUUUCUGUUUUUAUUUACCAAUGUAGCUAGAGCUAUCAUAUUAGCAUUUUACUAAACAGGAUCAUGUAGGGGACUUCAUCAUUUUAUUUGAAGUGAGUGCAGCUCCAAGAGGACACAGAGAACACUAAUCCAGACAAGUAGCCCCAGCAAUAAAAUAAUUAUCCGAAAGACAAGACAAAGCUAGGAGCAUCUACAAGAAAAAAUUGUCAAAUUCAAUUCCAGUAGUUACCUAUGGUGUGACUCAUGCAGUCAGCUACAGGCUUGAUGGACUUGUCGAAAGUGAGUGCUAAUGAUGUAGGCAUCACUGAACUUAGGACUAACUGCCUAAAAUGUAACACAAGCCUGGGUGUUGGCUUGACCAUAACAAGCCUGCAAGCAUAAAGAUUUACUUUUGCAACUUUUUAUUUUGCUGUGGUGCUUAAAGUGCACUUGGGAGGAUAACUACUUUUGCUGAAUUUAAAUUCAGAUUGUGUUGUGGAAUAUUUUAUGUUUAUUUUUUAAAUAAUGUUUGGGAUGUACUUUCAUCCUCUUUGUUCGCUAUCUUAACUCAUCAGCUACACGAGGUUUAAUUUUCAUCACGUUCUAUGGAACGCCACUCACUUUAUCACAAACCCCAGUGACUAGACACAUGCAGGCCUGGGUUCCUCUGGCUUUAUCACGGAGCCUGAACGUGUUGCCUCUCUCAGCAAUAAAGAAAUUGACUCUAAACCAGGGAACUCUAAGGUGCGAUUCUUAACACUGUGUCUACACUUUAGCCCUUCUUGGCAGCUGAAGCCCCAGGAAAGUUCUAUUAUGGUAGAUCUCAGCCACACUGAGCUUCACAAUCACCCAAGCAGCAAGAGCAAACCAGGGAGUCUGAGACUGAUCUAUUGCAGGUGCUCACAGUUUGAGUUUGUAACCUGCCUGUCUGGUAGCUCAUGAAAAGCCCAGUAUAUUGAUUUCAGGUGAUAAUUAUAAACAGAAACAGAAGUCAGAGUGAGCCCAAAAUGAUGGUCUCUCCUAACAGGAAUUAAAAUCAAUUUCGGCUCUGUGCCGGAGAGAAUUCUGAGAAAGCUAAGAAGCAUCACCAGGAAAUUUCCUCACAUAAUAAGUUGUUGGUGUAGCAAUAAGUAUUUAAAUAUGUGGUGUGCUUUCUAACAGAAGUUAGUUACGUCAAAAUGUGCCAGUGGCUUUCAAAGUCCAUAUGGACUCGCUAAGGACUUAAACAGUUCCUAACUAUUCUUUCCUUCUUCCUCCCUUAUGAUAAAUUAAGUAGGUGCUUUCUAAGGGAUAUUGUUGUCUUCUCGUACGCAACUGUGAACUUGGAGACCAAAUGAAAAGCACAUCAAAACAGACUAUAAUAAGAAGACACAAAUCCCAUAAAGUUUCUCGGAGUCAAUUUCUUCAGUUAUUAAUGAAAGGCAGUACACAAAAGCAUGGAAAACAAAAAGUUAGUGUGAAUUGCCAUUUGUCGAGACUACAGAUAUUUACCAGUGGCCUCUUUGCAAUAACCAGAUCUAGCAAGCAUGCUGCAGUUCUUUAGAUAAUAUUCUAAAAACCAUUUGAACACAUGUAUUACAUAUACAGUCUUGUGGUUGGAAGUUUGUGUUUAAUAUUUACUGAGCCAUAUGUACUGACAGUUCAGCCUCACAAGUUCCCUAAAAACAACUUCAGUUACACAGCUGGAAAGUAUUUUACUACAUAAACUGAUAACCUACAAGUGUUAAGCACAAAUAUUAUCUUACAGUUUUAAGAUUGUUUGUGGCCACUUUUCACCUGUACCAAAAUAAAGAACUUACUAACGUGUCUUUCUUGGUGCUGUUUUCAUACCCCCUUUCCCAGGGUCAUCAACAUGUUUAAAGGUAAUUCUCUUGACAUGUGAAAUCAUUUGCAUCCUGAGGGAUUUUCCACCUCUAUUGGUUGGUUAACUUUAAACCUGGAGAUUUUAUACCUCGGAAACACUAUGCUAUCUCCAAAAUUAAGCAAUACAGUCGCAGGGGAGCUUCCGAAACAGGCAGGGCUUUAUAGUAAGCACACUUUGAGUCUAACAAUGUUUUUAAAUUGCAAUAUUGAUUUAACCAGCAUGAAAUCUAAAGCAUUUCAAGUCGGCCGCCUAACAAUGUGACUGCUCCUGGCUACUCUUCUGUUAGACAGAAGACAAUCGCCCAAAAUCAUCAUCACUGAAUUUGCAUGCUCAGACUGGGAGACGAUCUCCAGACUCCUUAACCAACCUGUUGGCCCUCUGGGGUGAGCAUCAGAUCAUACUCCCAGCUGAAGCAGAGGAGAAACAAACCGGAAAUCGUUUGCUCUUGACUAACGCGUCAGUGUGUGAGAAGCUUCGAUCGCCUACACACUCCCCUCUUGGCAAGUCCUCCGGUGGAUGUGUGCGCACCUCUGGAGGUUCCGUCAAAGCGGAGGUGGAGAUCCCGCCUUUGCUAGGGAUGUGCACCGGGGCUGCUUGCGUUCAGCAGCUGUCUUUCAUGGAGACGCUUCCCUGGGCGCUUUCUUUGCAAGUUCUUCGUCAACUGUUUUCUUUGACUGAACUGUACCGUGGGUUGUUCCUCCCGUUGGGAAUGUGCAGGGUUUGCACAAGCUUCCGUAAGUGGCUGUUCCUGGCCCGACUUACUGCUCUCGGGGAGCUAGUCAUAGAGUUUUGAUAUGCAUCAGGUUUGUGUAACAGUUGGAUGAGCUAUUUGAAUUUUUUUUAUUUCUUAUGGAGACGAUAUUAUAGAACUGAGGAACAUGCUUACUUAAAUUUCUCUUUUCCUGUACUUGAUAAUGUCACUCUAAUUAAAAUAAAAACACU